GGAGCAGCUCCUGGAAUAGGCUAGUCGCUGCUAGGCACCCAGACACCAUGGGGAAGCUAGUGGUACUGACCUUGCUGGGGGCCAGCUUGGCCUUAAUAGGGGAGAGGCUUCUGACCUUUAGAGAAAGAUUUAGUUCAACACGGGAGAUCAAGCCCACAGAACCUCAGCACUGCCACCUGAUUGAAGGCCUUGAGAAUGGCUCUGAAGAUAUUGAUAUACUUCCUAGUGGACUGGCUUUUAUCUCAACUGGAUUAAAAUAUCCAGGCAUGCCAAAUUUUGCACCAGACAAACCAGGAAGAAUUUUUCUAAUGGAUUUGAAUGAACAAAAUCCAAAGGCACAAGCACUGAAAAUCAAUGAUGGAUUUGACAAAGAAUCACUGAACCCGCAUGGGAUCAGUACCUUCGUCGACAAAGACAACACUGUGUAUCUUUAUGUUGUGAACCAUCCUCACAUGGAUUCUACUGUGGAAAUAUUUAAAUUCGAAGAACAACAGCGUUCUCUCAUCCACCUGAAGACUAUAACACACGAACUUCUCAAGAGUGUGAAUGACAUUGUGGUGGUUGGGCCAGAGCAGUUUUAUGCUACAAGAGACCACUACUUUACCAGCUACUUCUUGAUACUUCUGGAGAUGUUCAUGGACUUUCAGUGGACUUACAUUCUUUUCUACAGCCCACAAGAGGUCAAAGUAGUGGCCCAAGGAUUCAGUUCUGCCAAUGGAAUCACAAUCUCACUAGAUCAAAAGUAUGUCUAUGUAGCUGAUGUAAUGGCUAAGAAUAUUCAUGUAUUGAAAAAACAUGAUAAUUGGAAUUUAACUCAAGAGAAGGUAAUUCAAUUGGGAACAUUGGUGGAUAACUUAACUGUUGACCCUGCCACAGGAGACAUUUUGGCAGGAUGCCAUCCUAACCCCUCAAAGAUAUUGGUUUACAACCCUGAGGAUCCUCCAGGGUCAGAAGUACUACGCAUCCAGGAUGCUUUGUCAGACAAGCCCAGGGUGAGCACACUCUAUGCCAACAAUGGCUCUGUGCUUCAGGGGAGCUCUGUGGCGUCUGUGUACCAUGGGAGAAUGCUCAUAGGCACUGUGUUUCACAAAGCUCUGUACUGUGAACUCUAGAUCCUCUUCAAAAGUCUUCAUACUUUUCAUAUUUAGCCAAAGUAAAAUUACAGGUGUAUGCUAAAUUAUUUGCAAUUACCAGAAAAAUGUGUAUGGCUUUUCUUAUGGAGAAAAUAAAAGGAGUACAGAAACUUA